UUGCAAUUAGGGUUUUUGCUGCAGUAACUAGUAGUCCACUCUUUGCUCAGCCAUGGCGGAACAGACGGAGAAGGCGUUUCUUAAACAGCCAAAAAUAUUUUUGAGUUCUAAAAAAUCUGGGAAAGGAAAGAGACCUGGGAAGGGUGGUAAUCGCUUCUGGAAAAGCAUUGGAUUAGGGUUUAAGACACCCAGAGAGGCAAUUGAAGGAACAUAUAUUGAUAAGAAAUGCCCAUUUACCGGCACUGUUUCUAUCAGAGGCCGUAUCCUUGCCGGCACUUGCCAUAGUGCGAAAAUGGUGAGGACCAUUAUUGUUCGAAGGAACUACCUUCACUUCAUCAAGAAAUACCAAAGAUACGAAAAGAGGCACAGUAAUAUCCCAGCUCAUAUAUCCCCCUGCUUUCGUGUUAAAGAAGGGGAUCAUGUUAUAAUCGGGCAAUGCAGGCCGUUGUCGAAGACAGUGAGGUUCAAUGUCUUAAAGGUCAUUCCAGCCGGGUCUUCCGGUGGAGGGAAGAAGGCUUUUGCCUCCAUGUGAAAGGUUAGCUUUUGAAAUGCGAAAUUGUAAGGUGUAUUCACUAUAUGAACUUGGUGUUGGUUUUGGU